AUGUUUAAAAUAUAUUCAAUCUUACUACCACCUUUCAAUAAGUUUGCGGUUUUUAUCCUUUAUGGGUUAUUAUCAGUAGCGUUAAUAGCGUUAGCACAGGACACUGAAAAUGAAAAGGAAAAGGGAACUACUAUAUUUAAUGGCAAGGUUGAAAAUUGUAUAGUAGAACCCUUAGAGCCAGUGGAGGAAGCGAAUAAGCAAAAAACGAUAGGAUAUGUUCAACUGUUUAGCACAGGUCUACCAAAAAUACCAUGGAAUAAUUAUGAUUAUAUAAAUGUUAUUGCAUUUCCGAAGGAUGGUGAUGGCAAAGGGUAUAGUAUUUAUUACCCAAAUGAUGAAAAUAAAUUAAAACCCAUAGAUGAUUUGAGAGAAUCUAGAACCAAAGCUAAAGCAACUACAAAAAUUCUUCUUUCAAUAAGAAAUUAUAAUGUUGAUCAAUGGCCGCAAGAUGAUGAUGCCAAUUAUCAAAGAAUUAUUACCGACACAAUUAAAACUAUAAACGAUCAUGGAUUAGAUGGUAUAGACAUUGAAUAUCCAGGAAUGAGAGGAAGCUUUUUGGAAUUGGUUGGAAAAACAUUAAUGUUGACUGUUGGUAGAGAUGUAAUCGGAAAUUUAAAAGAAAUUGAUUAUUUUAACAUUGAAACUUAUCAUAAUGCUUUAUAUCAAAACUUAAAAACGCCGCCAGCAGAAGUUAACUAUAAAUCAUAUCCAAAUUCUCCAUUAGAUGUAUACAAAAAGGCAUAUGAAGAUUGGCGUAAUAUUGGGGUUGAUAGUAAAAAAAUAAUUAUGGGCGUAGAUUUUGGGAAUACUUUUCAAAUGGUACCUAACAAAAUUAUUCAACAAAUUCAGACUGUUGAAUUUCCCAAAUCUACCUAUGAUAUUAAGAAGCUAGAUAUUCAGAAUCAAAUCCAACAAAUCAGAAAUUUUUGUCCUAAUGAUGAAUCUAAUAUAUAUUCAUGGCCAUGGAAAUAUCUUCCAAAUAUCGUUCUAAAUUCAACGGAUGAUUUUUGUACUAUCAAUACGACUAAUCCCAAAUGGACACGUAAAUUUGAUCCAACAGAUAAUUCUGGUACUCCAUGGCUAUAUAAGCUUGUUGAACCCCAAUUUUCUUUUUAUUUAUAUGUCUCUUAUGAAGAUAUUAGUUCAUUACGAAGUAAAUUAGAAUUUGCAAUGACUAAUUCAAUCGGAGGAAUGUCUAUAUCUGACGUUAGUCAUGAUGAUAACAAAACUACUUUAUCAAAUUUUAUGCAACCAAUACGUGGGCUUUCGGUUCCAUCAUCUGGAAGUUCAUCUCCAUCGAAUGGAUCAGGUAAUGGAAAAUCUAAAUCAAUUCCUAAUGAUUCAGCUAUUCCUAAGAAAAAUAAAGCCGGACUUAUCGCCGGAUCAGUUAUUGGAGUUAUAUUUGGUCUAGCUUUAUUUGGAAGUUGCGCGUACAUGUAUCGUCAAAAAAUUCUUCUUAAAUCCGAAGCUGGAGAUAUUAAAACGAAGGGUGCACAUACGACUUCAAAGAUUGAAAUGGCAUCCGAACAAUCACCGAAUCGAUUUGGAUCACCGACCACUGUUUUACCAGUUGCAUCUGGUCAUGUCACUGCAAUGUUUGAUUUCAUUGGUAAAGAAGAGAAUGAUUUAAGUUUCAAGAAAGGAGAUGUUAUUGAAGUAUUGGAAAAAGGUGAUGGCCCAAAUGAUUGGUGGGUUGGAAGGGUAAAUGGAAUUGUGGGAGAAUUUCCUGGUAAUUAUGUCAAAGAGACAUAA